AUGGACAAGCAGGUACUGUGCGCGCUCUCGGCCCGCGCGGCUCCAGCCCAGCCGGGUCCGCCAUGGCGCAUGCGCGGAGGGCGGCCCCGGGCUCAGGGCUCAGCGCCGCGCCGGGUGUUAGCACAGAUGACCUUAAUAGGAUUUGUGUUGCUGGACCUUGAAUUGAUCCUUGAUUCAACAAGCCCUGCUUCAAAUGUCCUGUCUUGGACUCAUCUUGAGGAAAGUAACCACAGGGGCGGGAGGAGGCAGCUCUGGAAGCAGAGUGUCACCCGAGUUUUAACGCAAAGACUAAAGGAAGAGAAGGAAGCCAGGCGGGCUCUUCUGGAUGCCAGGCAUGACUACCUAUUUGCCAUUGUGGCUUCCUGUUUGGACCUGAGCAAAACCGAAGUGGAGGAUGCCAUUCUCGACGGGAAUCAGAUUGAAAGAAUCGGUCAGCUUUUUGCAGCUGGAGGUCUCCGUCACCUCAUGUUUUACUAUCAGGAUGUGGAGGUAGCAGAAACAGGACAACUUGGCUCUCCAGGAGGGGUGAAUCUUGUUUCUGGAAAGACUAAAAAACCUAAGGUGUUCGUGACCGAGGGAAAAGAUGUAGCUCUUACAGGGGUGUGCGUGUUCUUCAUCAGGACCGACUCUUCCAAAGCCAUCACCCCCGAGAACAUCCACCGGGAGCUGAGCUUCAACAUGCUGGACGCCGCCGACGGAGGCCUGUUAAACAGCGUGCGGCGUUUGCUCUCCGACAUCUUCAUACCUGCCCUCAGGGCCACGAGCCACGGCUGGGGGGAGCUCGAGGGCCUUCCCGAGGCGUCCAGCAUUCGGCAGGAGUUCCUGAGCUCCUUGGAAGGCUUUGUGAGUGUCCUGACAGGUGCGCAGGAGAGUUUGAAGGAGAAGGUGAACCUUCAGAAGUGUGACGUAUUUGAUCCAAAAACUCUGAAGGAACCUGUGGACUACUUGACUCUAGCCAAUAACCCCGAGACACUGGAAAAAAUAGAGGAUUGUAUGAAAGUGUGGAUCAAACAGACGGAACAGGUUCUUGCUGAAAACAAUCAGCUGAGGAAGGAGGCAGAUGAUGCUGGACCACGAGCAGAGUUGGAGCACUGGAAAAAGAGACUCGCCAAGUUCAACUACCUUUUGGAUCAGUUGAAAAGCCCCGAUGUGAAGGCUGCGCUGGCCGUGCUCGCUGCGGCCAAGUCAAAACUGCUGAAGAUGUGGCGGGAGACAGAUAUUCGAAUCACUGAUGCAGCUAAUGAAGCAAAGGACAAUGUUAAAUAUUUGUACACACUUGAAAAGUGUUGUGACCCUCUGUACAGCAGUNUCCAGGUGUCCAUGAUUGAUGCUAUUCCUACACUUGUAAAUGCAAUUAAAAUGAUCUAUAAUAUCUCUCAUUACUAUAACACCUCUGAGAAGAUCACAUCUCUGUUUGUAAAGGUGACCAAUCAGAUGAUAUCUGCAUGCAAAGCCUACAUUACCAACAAUGGAACCGCUUCCAUCUGGAACCAGCCGCAGGAUGUUGUGGUGAAAAAAAUAUUAUCUGCAAUUAAACUGAAGGAGGAAUACCAGCAUUGCUUUCACAAGACAAAACAAAAGCUUAAACAAGAUCCGAGUGCAAAACAAUUUGAAUUUAGUGAGAUGUACAUUUUUGGAAAAUUUGAAACUUUUCAUCGACGGCUUGCCAAGAUAAUAGACAUCUUCACAACCUUCAAGACAUAUUCAGUCCUGCAAGAGUCUACCAUUGAAGGGCUGGAAGAUAUGGUCACUAAAUACCAGGGCAUUGUUGUGACCAUAAAGAAAAAGGAAUAUGAUUUCUUAGACCAGCGGAAAAUGGAUUUUGACCAAGAUUAUGAAGAGUUUUGCAAGCAGACCAGUGACCUUCAUAAUGAGUUGCAGAAGUUCAUGGAUGUUACGUUUGAAAAGAUUCAAAACACAAAUCAAGCUCUAAGCAUGUUAAAGAAAUUUGAAAGGUUGAAUAUACCUAAUCUUGGUAUUGAUGACAAGUACCGACUUAUCCUUGAGAACUAUGGAGCUGACAUCGAUAUGAUUUCAAAGAUGUACACGAAGCAGAAAUACGACCCUCCCUUGGCUCGAGACCAGCCUCCCAUCGCAGGGAAGAUUCUGUGGGCCCGCCAGCUCUUCCACAGGAUCCAGCAGCCCAUGCGGCUUUUCCAGCAGCACCCGACCGUCCUGCGCACGGCCGAAGCCAAGCCUGUGAUCCGCAGCUACAACAGGAUGGCCAAGGUCCUGCUGGAGUUCGAGGUCCUCUACCACCGGGCGUGGCUUCGGCAGAUCGAAGACGUUCACAUAGGUCUUCAGGCUUCUUUACUGGUGAAGGCUCCAGGCACAGGGGAAUUGUUUGUAAACUUUGAUCCUCAGAUAUUAACUUUGUUUAGAGAAACAGAGUGCAUGUCACAGAUGGGUCUGGAAGUUUCACCCUUUGCGGCUGCCCUCUUCCAGAAACGAGAUAGAUACAAAAAGAACUUCAGUAACAUGAAGAUGAUGCUGGCUGAAUAUCAGAGAGUGAAGUCAAAAAUGCCUCCUGUCAUUGAGCAACUGAUGAUCCCUCAUUUGGCCAAAGUCCAUGAAGCUCUUCAACCUGGCUUGGCUGCACUGACAUGGACAUCACUGAAUAUCGAGACGUAUUUGGAAAACACUUUUGCAAAGAUCAAGGACCUGGAGCUGCUGCUUGACAGGGUCAACGACCUGAUUGAGUUCCGCAUCGAGGCCGUUCUGGAGGAGAUGAGCCUCACGCCCCUCUGUCAGCUUCCCCGGGAGGAGCCACUUACCUGUGAAGAGUUUCUCCAGAUAACGAAGGACCUUUGUGUAAGUGGCGCUCAGAUACUACAUUUUAAAAGCUCAUUAGUGGAGGAGGCAGUCAAUGAGCUGAUAAACAUGUUGCUGGAUGUGGAAGUCCCCUCUACAGAAGAGAGUGAAAAAAUAGCCAGCGAACUUGGCGUUGAUUCAAAAAACAAAACAAAAAGAGAGGAAGGAAAUUCUGAUACCUUGACACCAUCCCUGAAUGCCAGGACUGAACCUUUGCUUUUGACAAUCAUGAAAAAAAAGAAAGAGACUGAGAUAUUAGAGGAAGAAGCCUGCGAGUUGCUAUCUCACUUCAACCAUCAAAACAUGGAUGCUCUUCUGAAAGUCACAAGGAAUACGCUGGAGGCCGUUCGCAAACGCAUUCAUUCCUCCCACAUGGUUAACUUCCUAGAUGGUAACAGUGCCUCUAAGGUGAGGCAGAACAGCCUGCCCAUUUUCCGGGCAAAUGUCACUCUGGCCAUUCCCAACAUUGUCAUGGCCCCUGCCCUGGAAGACGUCCAGCAGACCCUGAACAAAGCAGUGGACUGCAUCAUCAGUGUCCCCAAGGGCGUCAGACAGUGGAGCAGCGAACUGCUGUCCAAGAAAAAGAUACAUGAGAGAAAAAUGGCUGCUUUGCAGAAUAAUGAAGACAGUGAUUCUGAUGUUGAGAAGGGAGAAAGUGAACUUCAAGACACCUUUGAGAUAGCAUCAGUAAACUUACCAAUUCCUGUGCAAACCAAGAAUUAUUAUAAGAAUGUUUCUGAAAACAAGGAGAUUGUAAAAUUAGUCUCUGUGCUUAGCACAAUUAUCAACUCCACCAAACAGGAAGUUAUUACAUCCAUGGAUCACUUCAAAUGCUACAAUCAUGUUUGGCAAAAGGAGAAAGAAGAAACCAUCUUGACGUUUAUUAUGCAAAAGCCCUUGCUGUCUGAAUUUGAAUCCCAGAUUCUGUAUUUCCAAAACAUAGAGCAGGAAAUUAAUGCUGAGCCUGAAUACAUCUGUGUGGGUUCCAUCGCUCUGUACACAGCUGACUUGAAAUUUGCCCUGACCACGGAGACAAGGGCCUGGAUGGUUGUGAUCGGCCGCCACUGUAACAAAAAAUACAGGAGUGAGAUGGAAAACAUUUUUACACUUAUUGAAGAAUUCAAUAAAAAACUGAAUCGCCAAAUUAAAGACCUGGAUGAUAUUCGGAUAGCGAUGGCAGCACUGAAUGACAUCAGAGAGCAGCAGAUCUCUGUUGAUUUCCAAGUGGGACCUAUUGAGGAAUCUUAUGCCCUACUUAACAAAUACGGACUUCUGAUAGCAAAGGAGGAGAUGGACAAAGUUGACACACUGCACUAUGCGUGGGAGAAGCUGCUGGCCCGGGCCAGAGAAGUUCAGAAUGAAUUAGUCCUGCUGCAGCCCACUUUCAGGAAAGAGCUUAUUAGCGCCGUGGAGGUCUUCCUCCAAGACUGUCACCAGUUUUAUUUGGACUAUGAUUUGAAUGGUCCAAUGGCGAGCGGCUUGAAACCCCAGGAAGCCAGUGACAGGCUUAUCAUGUUUCAGAAUCAAUUUGAUAACAUCUACCGAAAGUACAUCACCUAUACUGGAGGAGAGGAGCUUUUUGGACUGCCAGUGACGCAGUAUCCUCAGCUUCUUGAAAUAAAGAAACAACUAAGUCUUCUACAGAAAAUAUACACUCUGUACAACAGUGUCAUAGAAACUGUAAAUAGUUAUUAUGAUAUCCUUUGGUCAGACGUGAACAUUGAAAAAAUAAACAGUGAACUCUUAGAAUUCCAAAACAGGUGUCGGAAGCUGCCCCGGGCCUUGAAGGACUGGCAGGCUUAUUUGGACCUGAAAAAGACCAUUGAUGAUUUCAGCGAGUGCUGCCCCCUGCUGGAAUACAUGGCCAGCAAAGCCAUGAUGGCGAGGCACUGGGAGAGGAUAACUGCUGUCACUGGGCACUGUUUGGAUGUGAGGAAUGAAACCUUUAAGCUGAGAAAUAUCAUGGAAGCACCUCUUUUGAAAUACAAAGAGGAAAUAGAGGACAUCUGUAUCAGUGCAGUGAAGGAGCGAGACAUUGAACACAAGUUGAAGCAAGUGAUCAGUGAGUGGAACAACAAAACAUUCACGUUUGGCAGCUUUAAGACUCGUGGAGAGCUCCUCCUGCGGGGGGACAGCACUUCAGAAAUCAUCGCCAGCAUGGAAGACAGCUUGAUGCUGCUGAGUUCCCUGCUGAGCAACAGGUACAAUAUGCCAUUCAAAGCUCAGAUUCAAAAAUGGGUGCAGUAUCUUUCCAACUCAACAGACAUCAUCGAGAGCUGGAUGACGGUGCAAAACUUGUGGAUUUAUUUAGAAGCCGUCUUUGUGGGAGGAGACAUUGCCAAGCAGUUGCCCAAGGAGGCCAAGCGCUUUUCCAAUAUCGAUAAAUCUUGGGUGAAGAUCAUGACUCGGGCACAUGAAAUGCCCAAUGUAGUCCAGUGCUGUGUUGGGGAUGAGACCAUGGGCCAGCUGCUACCACACUUGCUGGACCAGUUGGAAAUAUGCCAGAAAUCCCUUACUGGAUACUUGGAGAAAAAACGACUCUGCUUUCCUCGGUUCUUCUUCGUGUCAGAUCCUGCCCUUCUGGAGAUCCUGGGGCAGGCCUCGGACUCCCACACUAUCCAAGCCCACUUGCUGAACGUGUUUGACAACAUUAAAACUGUCAAGUUCCAUGACAAGGUCUACGAUCGAAUUCUGUCAAUCUCCUCUCGAGAGGGAGAAACAAUUGAGUUGAAUAAACCUGUGAUGGCGGAAGGCAACGUGGAAAUUUGGCUUAAUUCUCUCUUAGAGGAAUCUAAGUCCUCCUUACAUCAUGUGAUUCGUCAAGCAGCUGUGAAUAUUCAAGAAACAAGUUUCCAACUAAUUGAAUUUCUUUCAUUUUUCCCUGCUCAGGUUGGAUUAUUAGGAAUUCAAAUGAUAUGGACGCGGGAUUCAGAAGAAGCCCUUAGAAAUGCCAAAUUUGAUAAAAAGAUCAUGCAGAAAACCAAUCAGUCUUUCUUGGAGCUACUAAACACUCUGAUAGGUGUCACCACGAAGGAUCUGAGUUCCACAGAAAGAGUGAAAUAUGAGACACUAAUUACUAUUCACGUGCACCAACGAGAUAUCUUUGAUGACCUGUGUCACAUGAAUAUCAAGAGUCCUGUAGAUUUUGAGUGGCUGAAACAGUGCAGAUUUUAUUUUAAUGAAGAUUCUGACAAGACGAUGGUUCAUAUCACAGAUGUGGCUUUCAUAUACCAGAAUGAAUUUUUAGGCUGCACUGACAGGCUUGUCAUAACUCCACUCACAGACAGGUGUUACAUCACGCUGGCUCAAGCUCUAGGAAUGAGCAUGGGAGGAGCCCCUGCUGGGCCGGCAGGAACAGGCAAAACAGAAACUACCAAAGACAUGGGACGAUGUCUUGGAAAAUAUGUCGUAGUUUUCAAUUGUUCGGACCAGAUGGAUUUUCGAGGACUUGGACGGAUUUUUAAAGGACUGGCACAGUCUGGAUCCUGGGGUUGUUUUGACGAAUUUAACCGCAUUGAUCUACCAGUUCUGUCGGUCGCAGCCCAGCAAAUUUCCAUUAUUCUGACAUGUAAAAAGGAGCAUAAAAAAUCUUUUAUUUUUACUGAUGGAGAUAGUGUGACUAUGAACCCUGAAUUUGGGCUUUUCCUAACCAUGAAUCCUGGCUAUGCAGGGCGGCAGGAACUCCCCGAAAACUUGAAGAUCAACUUCCGCACAGUGGCCAUGAUGGUUCCGGACCGUCAGAUAAUCAUCCGAGUUAAGCUGGCUAGUUGUGGCUUCAUUGAUAAUGUUGUUCUGGCCAGGAAGUUUUUCACACUCUACAAAUUGUGUGAGGAGCAGCUUUCUAAGCAGGUACAUUAUGACUUUGGUCUGCGUAACAUCCUGUCAGUGCUCCGGACCUUGGGAGCAGCAAAAAGAGCCAACCCCACAGACACGGAGUCCAUGAUUGUCAUGCGUGUUCUGCGAGACAUGAAUCUUUCUAAGCUGAUUGAUGAGGAUGAACCCUUAUUUCUGAGUUUGAUUGAAGAUCUUUUCCCAAAUAUUCUUCUGGACAAAGCUGGUUACCCUGAGCUGGAAGCAGCAAUUAGCAGACAGGUUGAAGAGGCAGGUUUGAUCAACCACCCUCCCUGGAAACUGAAAGUCAUCCAGCUGUUUGAAACGCAGAGGGUGAGGCAUGGAAUGAUGGCCCUGGGGCCAAGCGGGGCAGGGAAGACCACCUGCAUCCACACCUUGAUGAAAGCCAUGACAGAUUGUGGAAAACCACACCGGGAGAUGAGGAUGAAUCCCAAAGCAGUGACUGCCCCACAGAUGUUCGGUCGGCUUGACGUGGCCACCAAUGACUGGACUGAUGGGAUAUUUUCUACCCUUUGGAGGAAAACAUUGAGAGCAAAGAAAGGGGAACAUAUCUGGAUAGUUCUUGAUGGUCCAGUAGAUGCCAUCUGGAUUGAAAAUCUGAACUCCGUGUUGGAUGAUAACAAAACCCUCACCCUUGCCAAUGGAGACCGCAUCCCCAUGGCUCCCAACUGCAAGAUUAUUUUCGAGCCUCAUAACAUUGACAAUGCUUCUCCUGCUACCGUCUCAAGAAAUGGAAUGGUUUUCAUGAGCUCUUCUAUCCUUGAUUGGAGUCCUAUUCUUGAGGGUUUUCUUAAGAAGCGCUCACCCCAGGAAGCGGAAAUUCUUCCCCCUUAGGAGCAAGGCGGGGAGGUGAGCAGGGCGCACCUGGGCCGCCUGUACGUGUUCGCGCUGAUGUGGAGCGUGGGUGCGGCCCUGGAGAUGGGCAGCCGGUGCCGGCUGGAGCACUGGCUGCGCGCUCAGGCCUCCCCGACGCUGGAGCUGCCACCGCUGGACGGUCCUGGGGACACCAUGUUCGACUACUAUGUGUCACCUGAUGGUGAAUGGAUGCAUUGGAACACCCGUACCCAGGAGUACGUGUAUCCCUCUGACACCACCCCAGAAUAUGGCUCUAUCCUGGUGCCGAAUGUUGACAAUGUGAGGACUGACUUUCUAAUUAACACCAUUGCUAAGCAGGGCAAGGCCGUGCUGUUAAUUGGUGAACAAGGAACAGCCAAAACAGUCAUCAUCAAAGGGUUUAUGUCAAAAUAUGAUCCCGAGAGUCACACGAUCAAGAGUCUGAACUUUUCUUCCGCGACCACCCCGUCGAUGUUCCAGAGGACACUAGAGAGCUACGUGGAUAAGCGCAUGGGUGCGACAUAUGGGCCUCCUGCCGGAAAGAAGAUGACGGUUUUUAUCGAUGAUGUGAAUAUGCCAAUAAUCAAUGAGUGGGGAGAUCAGGUUACUAAUGAGAUAGUACGGCAGCUGAUGGAGCAAAAUGGAUUCUACAACCUGGAGAAGCCUGGAGAGUUUACCGGCAUCGUGGACGUUCAGUUUUUGGCAGCCAUGAUCCAUCCUGGGGGUGGACGCAACGACAUACCCCAAAGGCUCAAGAGACACUUCUCUAUAUUCAACUGCACAUUACCCUCUGAUGCUUCCAUGGACAAGAUCUUUGGUGUGAUUGGGGUCGGCCACUACUCUACCCAAAGAGGUUUUUUGGAGGAAGUGAGGGAUUUUGUGAUGAAAUUGGUGCCCCUGACACGCCGACUGUGGCAGAUGACCAAGAUUAAGAUGCUCCCUACCCCUGCAAAAUUCCAUUAUGUAUUUAACCUUAGAGAUCUUUCUAGGAUCUGGCAGGGGAUGCUGAAUGCUUCUUCAGAGGUCAUCAGGGAGCCAGAUGAUCUUUUAAGGCUAUGGAAGCAUGAGUGCAAACGUGUUAUAGCCGACCGCUUCGCUUUGUCUGAUGAUGUGACCUGGUUUGAUAAGGCUUUAGCGAGUUUGGUAGAGGAGGAGUUUGGUGAAGAGAAAAAACUCUUGGUGGACUGUGGAAUUGACAGUUAUUUUGUGGAUUUCUUGAGAGAUGCACCUGAAGCCACAGGUGAAACAUCUGAGGGUGAUGCUGUAAUGCCCAAAAUUUAUGAGCCAAUCGAAUCUUUCACUCACCUAAAAGAGCGUUUGAAUAUAUUCCUGCAGCUCUACAAUGAGAGCGUCCGCGGUGCUGGCCUGGACUUGGUGUUCUUUGCAGAUGCGAUGGUCCACUUAGUCAAGAUCUCUCGAGUCAUCCGCACUCCUCGGGGAAAUGCCCUCCUGGUUGGGGUGGGUGGAUCGGGAAAGCAGAGCCUCACAAAGUUGGCUUCCUUCAUUGCUGGCUAUACUUUCUUCCAGAUCACUCUGACAAGAUCCUACAGCACAUCAAAUCUGAUGGAGGACCUGAAGGUUUUGUACAGAACUGCUGGUCAACAAGGCAGAGGCAUCACUUUUAUUUUCACAGACAAUGAGAUCAAGGAGGAGGCAUUUUUGGAAUACAUGAACAACGUCUUAUCAUCGGGGGAGGUCUCCAACCUAUUUGCUCGAGAUGAAAUUGAUGAAAUUAAUGGCGAUCUGACAUCAUUCAUGAAGAAAGAAUACCCCAGGCGCCCUCCCACCAAUGAGAACCUGUAUGACUAUUUCAUGAGUCGGGUCCAACAGAACCUUCAUAUCGUGCUCUGUUUCUCGCCAGUGGGGGAGAAAUUUCGAAACCGAGCUUUGAAGUUCCCUGCCCUCAUUUCAGGGUGCACCAUCGACUGGUUCAGCCGAUGGCCUAAGGAUGCUUUAGUUGCAGUGUCAGAGCACUUCCUCUCUUCCUAUGAUGUGGACUGCAGUUCGGAAACUAAGAAGGAGGUGGUUCAGUGCAUGGGCUCCUUCCAGGAUGGGGUGGCCGAGAAGUGUGUCGAUUAUUUUCAGAGAUUCCGACGCUCUACCCAUGUGACGCCCAAAUCGUACCUCUCCUUUAUCCAGGGGUAUAAGGUCACAUAUAGAGAAAAACACGAGGAAGUGCAGACCCUGGCCAACAGAAUGAAUACUGGCUUGAAAAAGCUAAAAGAAGCUUCGGAGUCUGUGGCAGCCCUGAGCAAAGAACUAGAAGUCAAAGAAAAGGAGCUACAAGUGGCCAACAACAAGGCUGACACGGUCUUAAAGGAAGUGACAAUGAAAGCACAGGCUGCAGAGAAGGUCAAGGCGGAGGUUCAGAAGGUGAAGGACAAAGCCCAGGCCAUUGUGGAUAGCAUUUCUAAAGAUAAAGCCAUUGCUGAAGAAAAAUUGGAAGCAGCCAAACCAGCAUUGGAAGAAGCAGAAGCUGCAUUGCAGACCAUCAAGCCCUCCGACAUCGCCACGGUGCGCACGCUGGGCCGACCCCCUCACCUCAUCAUGCGGAUCAUGGAUUGUGUGCUGCUGCUGUUUCAGAGGAAAGUCAAUGCAGUGAAAAUUGACCUGGAAAAAAGCUGUCCCGUUCCUUCCUGGCAGGAAUCUUUGAAAUUGAUGACUGCAGGGAACUUUUUACAGAACUUACAGCAAUUCCCCAAAGACACCAUCAAUGAAGAGGUUAUAGAAUUCUUGAAUCCUUACUUUGACAUGGCAGACUAUAACAUCGAAAUGGCUAAACGCGUCUGUGGAAACGUGGCCGGUCUGUGUUCCUGGACGAAAGCCAUGGCGUCCUUCUUCUCCAUCAACAGAGAGGUGCUGCCUCUGAAGGCCAACCUGGUGGUGCAGGAGAACCGGCACGUCCUGGCCCUGCAGGACCUGCAGAAGGCUCAGGCAGAGCUGGACGACAAGCAGGCGGAGCUUGACGUGGUGCAGGCUGAGUAUGAGCAGGCGACGGCUGAAAAGCAGACUUUGCUCGAAGAUGCAGAACGGUGUAGACAUAAGAUGCAGACGGCUUCCACGCUCAUCAGUGGUUUGGCGGGUGAGAAAGAGAGAUGGACAGAGCAAAGCAGAGAGUUUGCUGCCCAAACCAAAAGGCUUGUGGGGGAUGUGCUGUUGGCUACAGCUUUUCUGUCUUACUCUGGUCCGUUUAACCAAGAGUUUCGUGAUCUGCUGUUAAACGAUUGGAAGAAGGAAAUGAAAGCUCGGGAAAUUCCAUUUGGAAACAAUCUAAAUCUUGCUGAGAUGCUGAUCGACGCACCUACUGUUAGUGAAUGGACCCUCCAAGGCCUGCCAAACGAUGACCUCUCCAUUCAGAAUGGCAUUAUUGUCACUAAGGCAUCUCGCUAUCCUUUGUUAAUUGACCCACAGACUCAAGGCAAGAUCUGGAUUAAAAAUAAGGAGAGCCGAAAUGAACUCCAGAUCACAUCUCUAAAUCACAAGUACUUUCGAAACCACCUGGAGGAUAGCCUUUCUCUUGGAAGGCCCUUGCUUAUUGAAGACAUUGGGGAGGACCUAGAUCCAGCCCUGGAUAAUGUUUUGGAGAGAAACUUCAUUAAAACUGGAUCUACCUUUAAGGUGAAAGUUGGUGACAAGGAAGUAGAUGUUCUGGAUGGCUUCAAGCUCUACAUCACCACCAAACUGCCCAAUCCAGCCUACACCCCGGAAAUAAGUGCCCGGACCUCCAUCAUUGACUUCACUGUCACCAUGAAGGGUCUGGAGGACCAGCUCCUGGGGAGAGUCAUUCUCACAGAGAAGCAGGAGUUGGAGAAAGAACGAACUCAUCUGAUGGAGGAGGUAACUGCAAACAAAAGGAGGAUGAAGGAACUUGAAGACAGCUUGCUUUACCGCCUGACGAGCACUCAAGGGUCCCUGGUGGAAGACGAGAGUCUCAUUGUCGUCCUGAGUAACACAAAAAGGACGGCGGAGGAGGUGACACAGAAGCUAGAAAUUUCUGCUGAUACAGAAAUUCAAAUUAACUCAGCCCGGGAGGAAUACAGACCUGUUGCGACACGGGGCAGCAUCCUCUACUUCCUCAUUACUGAGAUGCGCUUGGUUAAUGAGAUGUACCAGACUUCGCUGCGCCAGUUUCUGGGUUUGUUUGACCUUUCCUUGUCCAGGUCUGUCAAGAGCCCAAUUACAAGCAAAAGGAUUGCUAAUAUCAUUGAGCAUAUGACGUAUGAGGUUUAUAAGUAUGCUGUCCGAGGUUUGUACGAAGAGCACAAAUUCCUGUUCACCUUGCUGCUUACUCUAAAGAUCGACAUCCAGAGGAACCGAGUGAAGCAUGAAGAGUUUCUCACUCUUAUUAAAGGUGGUGCCUCUUUGGACCUGAAAUCCUGUCCUCCCAAACCAUUUAAAUGGAUCCUUGACGUGACUUGGCUGAAUUUGGUGGAACUGAGCAAACUCAGGCAGUUUUCAGAUGUUCUUGAUCAGAUAUCAAGAAAUGAGAAAAUGUGGAAAAUUUGGUUUGAUAAGGAAAACCCUGAGGAGGAACCUCUUCCAAACUCCUAUGACAAAUCUCUUGACUGCUUCAAACGUCUUCUCCUCAUCAGGUCCUGGUGUCCUGACAGAACCAUUGCCCAGGCCCGCAAGUACAUCACGGACUCUAUGGGAGAAAAAUAUGCAGAAGGUGUCAUCCUGGACUUGGAAAAGACGUGGGAGGAAUCUGAUCCACGGACCCCGCUUAUCUGUCUCCUGUCUAUGGGCUCAGACCCCACGGAUUCCAUCAUCGCUUUGGGGAAGAGAUUAAAAAUAGAGACCCAUUAUGUGUCCAUGGGCCAGGGCCAGGAAGUCCACGCUCGGAAGCUCUUGCAGCAAAUGAUGGCAAAUGGAGGGUGGGCGCUUCUGCAGAACUGUCAUCUGGGGCUUGACUUCAUGGACGAGCUAAUGGACAUAAUUACAGAAAGUGAGACCGUGCGUGACGUGUUCCGCCUUUGGAUGACCACCGAGGUUCACCAGCACUUUCCCAUCACACUCCUUCAGAUGUCCAUUAAAUUCGCCAAUGAGCCUCCACAGGGCCUCCGGGCAGGGCUGAAAAGAACAUACGGCGGUGUGAGCCAAGACCUGCUGGACGUGAGCUCCGGGGCCCAGUGGAAGCCCAUGCUCUACGCUGUGGCCUUCCUGCACUCCACUGUCCAGGAAAGGCGCAAGUUUGGCCCCCUGGGGUGGAACAUCCCCUAUGAGUUUAAUCAAGCGGACUUUAACGCCACAGUGCAGUUCAUCCAAAACCACCUGGAUGACAUGGAUCUCAAAAAGGGCGUCUCCUGGACCACUGUUCGCUACAUGAUAGGAGAGAUUCAGUAUGGAGGUCGGGUCACUGAUGACUAUGAUAAGAGACUGUUGAACACGUUUGCUAAGGUUUGGUUCGGUGAAAACAUGAUUGGACCCGAUUUCCAUUUUUACCAAGGGUACAAUAUUCCAAAAUGCAGCACAGUGGACAACUAUCUUCAAUAUAUCCAGAGCUUGCCUGCCUACGACAGCCCCGAGGUGUUUGGGCUGCACCCCAAUGCUGACAUCACCUACCAGAGCAAGCUGGCCAAGGACGUGCUGGACGCCAUCCUUGGCAUUCAGCCCAAGGACAGCUCUGGUAUAGGGACUGAGACCCGGGAGGCUGUCGUGGCUCGACUGGCCGAUGAUAUGUUGGAGAAGCUGCCCCCAGACUACAGCCCCUUUGAAGUAAAAGAGAGGCUGCAGAAGAUGGGGCCUUUCCAGCCUAUGAACAUUUUCCUCAGGCAAGAAAUAGACAGAAUGCAGAGAGUGCUCAGCCUCGUCCGAGGCACCCUGACCGAGCUAAAACUUGCGAUUGAUGGCACCAUUAUCAUGAGUGAAAAUCUACGAGAAGCGUUGGAUUGCAUGUUUGAUGCCAGGAUUCCGGCUUGGUGGAAAAAAGCUUCUUGGGUUUCAAGUACACUAGGUUUCUGGUUUACUGAACUUAUAGAAAGAAACAGCCAAUUUACCUCUUGGAUUUUCAAUGGCCGCCCCCACUGCUUUUGGAUGACGGGCUUUUUUAACCCCCAAGGAUUUUUAACGGCGAUGCGACAGGAAAUAACUCGGGCUAACAAAGGCUGGGCUCUGGACAACAUGGUGCUUUGCAAUGAAGUCACCAAAUGGAUGAAGGAUGACAUUUCUGCCCCUCCCACAGAGGGGGUCUAUAUCUAUGGCUUGUAUCUGGAAGGUGCUGGCUGGGACAAGAGGAACAUGAAACUCAUUGAAUCAAAACCCAAAGUGCUCUUUGAGCUCAUGCCUGUCAUCAGGAUUUAUGCAGAAAACAACACCUUAAGAGAUCCUCGGUUUUACUCCUGCCCCAUCUAUAAGAAACCAGUUCGAACGGACUUGAACUACAUCGCGGCUGUGGACCUCAGGACAGCUCAGGCCCCUGAGCACUGGGUGCUCCGUGGAGUCGCCCUUCUCUGUGAUGUCAAGUAA